AAAAUCAACAGCUGCAGCCGCCGGUAAUAUUUGUUUUUGAUUCAACAUUUCGCCGUCCUGCCACACACAAACACCGAAGCCAUUGAAUCACCUCCCGGUUAGAAUCAGGAUGUUUGCCCUGACACGUUUGGCGCGUUGCAGCGCGAUUCGGAGACGCAGCCUGGCGGAGAUCUCCACAUAUCUGCAGCCGCAGAGGUGCCGGUGCCAGGCCAGCAGCACCAAGGCAAGGCUCAACGAGCUGGACGGCCCCAGGCUGGGCCAGCCCACCAGUGUUAGCCAUCCGCAUCUCAUCCAGCCCCACGAGCUGGUGCCGGGCCUGGCGCUCGACGAGUUCCAGCAGCGGCGCAACAAACUGAUGCACAAAAUACAGUCCUAUGCGAGCACCUUUGGCGACAACUACAACGGCCGCUCCACCAAGAAUCACAUGGUGAUUGUGGGCGCCGCCUCGAAGAAGUACAUGAGCGGCAAAAUUCCGUUUGUCUUUCGGCAAAAUUCGGACUUUUACUACCUGACUGGCUGCCUGGAGCCGGACUCGAUUCUUGUGAUGACCAUCGACCAGGGCGCCAAGGUGGAGUCCAUGCUGUUCAUGCGCCCCAAGGAUGCGCAUGCCGAGCUGUGGGAUGGCCCACGCACUGGCCCCGAGCUGUCCGUGCCGCUGUUUGGCGUCACCGAGGCCCACGACCUCGGACAGUUUGAGACGAUACUCGGGAAGCUGGUGAGCGGCCUGCAGCCGCAUUUCUGGUUCGAUAUGAAAUCCUGCGACCUGCAGCACGUCAGGGAGGGCGUCAUCAAGACGAGCAGCACGGAGAAUAUUCAGCUGCUGCCCGUGCACACAUUUCUGGAGGGUCUGCGCCUGCUAAAGUCGCCCGCGGAGAUGGAGCUGAUGCGUCGCACGUGCAGCAUUGCCGCCCAGUCCAUCAACGAGGUGAUGGCCGAGACACGGCCCGGCCAGUCGGAGCACCAUCUGUUCGCGUCCGUCGACUACAAGUGCCGGCAGCGCAACGCCAGCUAUCUGGCCUAUCCGCCGGUGGUGGCCGCCGGUCGGAAUGCCACCAUCAUCCACUAUGUGGACAACAGCCAGCUGCUGGGGCCGCAGGAUCUGGUGCUGAUGGACGCCGGCUGCGAGUAUGCCGGCUACACCAGCGACAUAACGCGCACGUGGCCGGCCAGCGGCAGCUUCACGGCGCCCCAGCGCACGCUCUACGACAUGGUGUCGGUGCUGCAGUCGGACAUCAUCCAGCUGAUUGGCCGCAUGGGCGGCGAGACGCUGGACCAGCUGUUCCAGUCCACCUGCUACCGACUGGGCAAGUAUCUGCAGGAGAUCGGACUGGUGCCCAAGGAGUCGGAUGACUACAAGACGCUGGUCAGCCAGGGCUACAGAUUCUGUCCGCAUCACGUCUCCCACUACCUGGGCAUGGAUGUGCACGACACACCGAAUGUGCCGCGCAGCCGAGCCCUGGAGCCGGGCAUGGUCUUCACCGUGGAGCCGGGCAUCUACAUCGGGCAGGAGUGCACCGAUGUGCCGCCCGAAUUCCGCGGCAUUGGCAUACGCAUCGAGGAUGAUCUGCUGAUCAAUAAGGACAGCGCUGUGGAGGUGCUCACAGCUGAGUGCAUCAAGGAUCGCCGCAGCUUGGAGCAGCUCUGCCAGCAAGCCGAGGCAGCCACCGACUCAGCCUGAAGCCAGCGAAGACACACACGAAAUUCCUAGUCAGAAUCUGCACUUUUCUGGGUGUGAAUAUGGAAAAUUAUAAUUGGAAAUUGUAUAAAUGAAA